AUGCAGCUGAGGAAAAGAGCUAAGACCAAAAGUUGCGAUGACCAUAAAGCAGAAAUUGAUGAAGAUGUUAAAGUAGAAUCCGAAAAUAAAGCUAGUAUUCCCUCUGAAAUCAAGUUGGGGGAUUCAUCUAAAGAGACAAUAGACAAAACUGAGAAGAACUCUGUUGCUAAUACAGAUAUUGUUGGAACCUCAUAUUGUAGUUUUAAAAAACCGAAAUGUGUUUCUAAUAUCACCAAGGACAAAGAGCUAUUUGUUCUUGAUGGAUUGGUUCAAAAUAAUAAGCUAUUACAGAAUAUGUUUACGACUCAUAAAGAAAAUUACUAUAAGGACUUAACGUGUCCUAGAUUUAUUGGCUAUAAAAAUUUUGAAUUAUUACGAUUACCUAGCGAUGUUGAAAUCUUUGAACGAAUAAAUAGUCAAAUUAAUAACCUAGUGGAAAGGCAAAAUAAUAGCACUAAAUCCGUUUCUAAUAAUAUAUAUAGUUCACCAAUUCCCAAACAUAUGAACCCCAUAAAACAGUUAUCUAUUAUGGAUACGGCAAAACUGCAUAAUAUUGAUAUUUCAUCAAUAAAAGAUACAAUUAUAGAUUCAAACUAUUCAGACAGAUUAAGUAUGAAACUGAUUAAUAAAUCCAUUGACAAACCUUUCACAAGAGUCAGAGACAAUAAUAAAUUGAUUUGGCCAUCUAAACAAAAGAAGAGACGGUUGAAAAAUCAUGGAUCAGAAGAAGUAAAUUCAUUAAAAAGUCAUAAUUCAAUUGAAGACAUACCAUGGUUAUCUUAG